CAGCUCUGCUCCCAUUCACUUCUCUGCUUCUUCAGUUGAGAUGCGACAGUUCAGCGUAAAUAUUUACCUUUUCUUCCAUGUGUAUGUGCAUUCACAGCUACUAUCUGCUGUUUAACUACUCUGAAACCAGGUCAGCAGCUCUCUGAACAUGGCGGGAAUCAUCCGGAGGCUCGACGAGACUGUUGUCAACCGCAUUGCUGCAGGAGAAGUUAUCCAGCGUCCUGCCAACGCCGUCAAAGAAAUGAUUGAAAACUGCUUAGAUGCCAAGUCCAGCAGCAUCCAGGUGACAGUGAAGGACGGCGGACUGAAGCUCCUGCAGAUUCAGGACAACGGCACCGGCAUCAGGAAAGAAGAUAUGGAAAUCGUUUGCGAGCGUUUUACCACCAGCAAACUUCAGACCUUUGAGGACCUCUCAGCUAUAGCAACCUACGGGUUUAGAGGAGAGGCCCUUGCUAGUAUAAGUCACGUUGCACAUGUGACCAUAACGACCAAGACAGCUGAUGCCAAAUGCGCCUACAGAGCCAAUUACAGCGACGGCAAACUGAAGGGUCCUCCCAAACCAUGUGCUGGCAACCAAGGAACACAGAUUCUCGUGGAGGACCUGUUCUAUAAUGUGUCCACCAGGAGGAAAGCUUUAAAGAGUCCCAGUGAUGAGUACUCCAGGAUCGUAGAGGUGGUCAGCAGGUACGCCAUACACAAUUCAGGAAAAAGUUUUUCUGUCAAAAAGCAAGGAGAGACUGUGGCAGACGUGAGGACUCUACCCAACGCAUCUGUAGUGGAUAAUAUUCGGGGAGUGUUUGGCAAUGCAGUCAGCAGGGAGCUGAUCGAAGUUGGCUGCGAGGAUCAGAAGCUCGCUUAUAAGAUGAAAGGCUACAUCUCAAACGCAAACUACUCAGUCAAGAAAUGCAUCAUGGUCCUCUUCAUCAACCAUCGUCUGGUGGAGUCGAGCGCUUUGAAGAAGGCGAUCGAGACAGUUUACGCCGCGUACCUUCCCAAGAACACGCAUCCAUUUCUUUACCUCAGCUUAGAGAUCGCCUCGCAGAAUGUAGAUGUGAACGUUCACCCCACAAAACACGAGGUGCACUUCUUACAUGAAGACAGCGUCAUCGAGAGCGUUCAGAAGCACAUCGAGAGCAAACUGCUGGGCUCCAACUCCUCACGGACCUAUUUCACUCAGACGUUGCUGCCAGGGCUGUCAGUCUCAGGCGGCACCGAGGUCAAGUCCUCCAGCGCCGCAGCAGAUUCCACUGAGAGAGUCUACGCUCAUCAGAUGGUGAGGACCGACUGUCGAGCUCAGAAGCUGGACGCCUUCCUCCAGCCCAAAGAGAAGCCGCCUCCUGACGCAGAACGGGCUGGUCCCAGCAGCAAAGAGGCCGCGUCCACAACCGCCCAGCCUGACUGUGCAGAGCUGGAUGAGGCGGCUGAUGCAGAUAUGCUGGAGGCUUUGGAUCAGCAGGAGGCAGAGGUGUCGAAGGGCGAGGGAGAAAGUGGCGUUGGGGCUCAUGAUGUUCAAAGGAAGCGGCCGAGGAAAGAGCAGCAGGAGGAAGAAGAAGAGGAAGAAGAGGACCUGACGGCUGCAGCCACGGCGAAGAGACGAGUCAUAAAACUGACCAGCAUCAAAGAGCUGAGGACAGAGACCACUGAGAACACACACAAAGGUCUUCAGGAAAUGCUGCAGAAGCACUCGUUUGUGGGCUGCGUCAAUCCCCAGUGGACUCUGAUCCAACAUCACACCAAACUGUACCUGCUCAACACCACCAAGCUCAGCCAGGAGCUUUUCUACCAAAUACUCAUCUACGACUUUGGGAACUUCGGCGUGCUGAGACUGUCGACUCCAGCUCCGCUCUAUGAUCUGGCCAUGUUGGCUCUGGACUGUGAGGAGAGUGGCUGGACCGAAGAGGACGGGCCCAAAGAAGGCCUGGCGCAGUACAUAGUGGACUUCCUGAAGAAGAAAGCUGAGAUGCUGGAGGACUACUUCUCCAUGGAGAUAGAUCAGGAAGGAAAUCUGACAGGACUGCCACUGCUGCUCGACAAGUACACUCCUGUCAUGGAAGGUCUCCCCAUGUUCAUCCUGCGCCUGGCCACUGAGGUGAACUGGGACGAUGAGAAGGAGUGCUUCAGAGACUUCAGUAAGGAGUGCAGCAUGUUCUACUCCAUCAGGAAGCAGUACAUCCUGGAGGCUGAGCCUGGAGAGGAACAGGGUGGUGAGGGGAACUCGUGGCGUUGGAAAGUGGAGCACAUCAUCUUCAAAGCUUUCCGAACGCUCUUCAGUCCUCCGAAGAAGUUCAGCGAAGAUGGCACGGUGCUGCAGAUCGCCAACCUGCCUGAUCUCUAUAAAGUGUUUGAGAGAUGCUGAAUUCAAUCAUCAAAUCUGACUGAAAAAAACACAACCCCACAUGCUGCUCAUUUUUAUAUUUCCUGUAACAUUUCUGCUGUAAAUAAAUACUAAGAAAUAAAACUUCAGGUGUUUGACUUU